GUUGCGUGCUAGCUCCGUUGCGUACAGUCUGGAGAUUGGACAGUGUGAGAAAAAGCUGAAAUGGGAAAUAUUUUUCAUAUAUUUCUACUUUUGAUCCCCGUUUUUGUGGGGGCGGCUGCAGCAAACCGUAAUCCCAUGAUUGCUUUAUCUACCCAAUCCGAACUGAGGACAUCGACGAAAUCCGCCUCCGACGGGAAUCUGAAUUACCGGCCGGUCAUCGGAAUCGUCAGUCAUCCCGGAGACGGAGCUAAUGGCCGCCUCAGUAAUGCUACCAACGUUUCCUACAUUGCCGCUUCUUACGUCAAGUUCGUUGAGUCUGGUGGUGCUAGAGUCAUUCCUCUUAUUUAUAACGAGCCUUCCGAUAUUCUCAUCCAAAAACUCAAUUUAGUUAAUGGUGUACUGUUCACUGGAGGAUCUUCCAAGAAGGGACCGUACUUUGAGGUUGUCAAGGGAAUUUUCCAGAAUGUCUUAGAGAAGAACGAUGCAGGAGAUUAUUUCCCUCUUCUUGCCAUCUGUUUGGGUUUUGAACUUUUAACAAUGAUUAUCACAAAGGACAAUAAUAUUCUUGAAUUGUUUAAUGCAACUAAUCAAGCAUCUAAGCUACAAUUCGUGGAGGGUGCCAGUUUUGAAGGAACCCUCUUUCAGAGGUUCCCUUCUGAGUUGCUAAAAAAGUUGAGUGAGGAUCGCCUUGCCAUGCAACAUCAUCGCUAUGGCAUUUCACCAGAAACAUUUCGAGCAAAUGCAGACCUGUGUAGCUUUUUCAGGAUGUUGACAACAUGUGCUGAUAAAGAUAAUAAGGUCUAUGUCUCUACAGUUCAAGCAAAGAGCUACCCUGUAACUGCUGCGCAGUGGCACCCAGAGAAAAAUGCUUUUGAAUGGGGCUUAUCUCAAAUUCCACACACAGAAGAUGCAAUUCAAGUGACUCAACAUGUUGCCAACUACUUUGUUAGUGAAGCAAGGAAGUCUUUAAACAGACCAGAUGCUCAAAGAGUGCGUGACAACCUUAUAUACAACUAUAGUCCCUCUUACAGUGGGAAGGCGGGGAGAGGUUAUGAUGAGGUUUACAUCUUCACUCAACAAUCUGAGUUCUUUUCAGAUUGUAGUCGUCAGUCAAGCGUGCAGGAAACCGAACUAUCAGACCAUUUGUAGUGGUCAAGAGUCCAAAUUGUUAAAUUUGGACUCCGUUCAUAUGAAAACAGUGAUUAGACUCCGUCAAUACUAUUUUUCUCUGCAUCCGUGCACCGUCAAUAAAAUACACUCUGCAUAUUUUUUACAUAUGAAUUUAGUAAAACAUUAAUUAAAUUAUUAUAAGUAAUGUUUUUCUUUUAAUUUUUCCCCUGAAUAAUUAUGAAAUAAAAAAUACACAUUUCGAUGUAAAAAUAAAUAAUUUUCACAGCUUUUUUUUUAACAUUUUUUGGUCAAAAAAUGAAUUUGUUUAAGUGAAGCUCGAUUAUAGAAUAUUCAGUUAUUUGUGAAAACUUCAUGAAUUAAAAAUGUGUUUCGUUUUUUUAGUUCAAGAAACUGCAACAGUUAAAAUUUCAAAUACAAAUCAUUUUAUAUAUCACAUAUGGAUGUCAUAUGAAAGAUCAUAAAAAUUUAAGAAUUUUGAUAUAUUUUUUGAAAAAUUUAGAUAACAAAUAAAAAAGUUAUAUAAGUUUAAAAAAAAUUGGGAUAUAAUGUUGCAAGGGUGACACCAGCAUGACAUCAUCAUCACCGAAAGAAAACAUGAAGCGGUGUCAUUCUUUUUCUUUUUCUUUUUUCCACUCUUCUAAACUCACCCUCUAUAUUUAACCCCCCUCCAUCCCCUUCUAUAUUUUUAAUACCCCUUUUAAACCACCACUACACACAAUUAGGAGUCCAAAAGUUCCAUAUUUAACAUUUUGGACUCUUAAUACCUCACCACUCCAAAUGGUCUCAAUGUUCAGUCGGGCAAAUCAUGCAGUCACCUCAUAAGCCAGCUUGCUCUCAUUAUUGGAGAACACUUGUAAUUAAAUACUCCGUACAAAAUUUAGUGUCAAGCAUUCUAUUCCAUUGUUAUUCUGUCAUUUCCUAUUGUUGGUUCUAUUAUUUCAACGGGUUCAGUCAAAGAAGGCGCUUUAUGUAAUUAGGGAUAUGGAACAUAUAUACCCUUCAACUAUGUGAUAGAGAACAUAUAUAUAGGGAUGGACUCGGGCUGGGCGGCCCGGAACCAGCCCGGCCCGGUUACUGUUUGAACCGGCCCGAGGGGCGGUUCGGGUCGGCCCGGCCGGUUCGGGUCCGGUUCGGGCCAAAUUAAUUUUUUUUUUUUGAAUUUUUUUUAAGUUUUUG